AACGCUUUCGAAACGUUCCGAACAUUCAAACCGGAAGUGACUCGUGACUGAUGGAUAUUAAGAGCACAUAUUUUUGGUUCUGUUAGAGUUAAGCAUCUCACAUCGGGCGAGCUUUUAAUUUAUAACCCGAAAUGGAGGUGAGUAAACGCUGGUAAAGGCUCCCGGCCUCGGCGCGCUCCCUGGUGCCGCCGGAUCGCUCCCGCUCUCUACACGGAACGGCGGUUUCGUCCCCGGCCUGACACGCCCCCGGCGCGCCGUAAAGUCGCAGCUCCCGGAGCCCCGAGCGCCAGGCGGCGGCCAGAGCUUAGCGAGGCCGAUUAAAGAUGGCGGCGCCCGUGCUGAGAGUGUCCACCCCGCGGUGGGAGCGGACAGCCCGGCUGCUGGUCUGCCUCCUGGGGGCCCUGCUGUCCCUCUACGCCUUCCAUGUGGAGCGGGAGAAGGCGCGGGACCCCGACUACCAGGCCAUGUGCGACAUGGGCGCUUCUGUCAGCUGCUCCAAGGUGUUCACCUCCAGGUGGGGUCAAGGAUUUGGCCUGUUGGGGUCCAUUUUCGGCACAAACAGUGUGCUGAACCAGCCAAACAGUGUCUACGGGCUUUUCUUUUAUGGAUUGCAGCUGUUACUAGGGAUGACUGUCAGCGCAGUGGCUGCCCUGAUCUUAAUGACCACGUCCAUCGCAUCCGUUUUGGGCUCCCUGUAUCUAGCCUACAUUCUCUAUUUCGUCUUGAAGGACUUAUGCCUCAUCUGCAUCACCACAUAUCUUCUGAACAUCAUCCUGUUCGUCCUCAACUAUAAGCGACUGGUUUACUUGAACGAGGCUUGGAAGCAGCAACUUCAAACCAAGAGGGACUAAAUCAGGAAAAAAAAAACAACAAAGACGUGACCUCUGAACUUCUGACUCACCACCAGGAGAUCUUGCUUCCAAACAAUUUCUUUUGCAGUUCAAACACUUAUUUUGUGGGACAGAGAUCACAUGUCACAUAAAAGGAAGGAUGUAAGGAAGAUUGACAUUCUUGUCUUUCUUUUUUUGCCCCCACAUGACUAUUUUGUAAGGGACGGGGUUUGGAGAACAUGAAGGACCAAGCGCUGGUGGAAUGCUCCAGUAGUGACUGUGGAGGACGCAAGUGGAUUUAGCAGUACAUAAAUGGAUAGGGCGAAUAAUCAUUUAGGCCUAAACUUGUAGGGAGAGAAUCGUGGCGAUAAGUAAAUGCAUGAUCAAUUUGUUUUAUAGUCUAGAUACGGUUUCCUGACAAAUGGUAGUGACUAAUUGCACCUCCAGAUACCUUGAGUUUAUGGAUUUGAAGAGGACCACUGAGGCACAAUCACUUCUCAGAAUGGCUGCUGAAGGCAGUUCCAGGCUAGCUUGUCUUCAUUUUGACCAAAAUCUAAAAAGUCGCCAUCUGGUAGGAUAAUGAUUGCACUACCAAAUUUGUGUGUGUGUAUGUGUGUGUGUCAUAUUCCGCCAUCCAGGUUAGGAAUGAAGCACGCUGUCCUCUGUUGUAUGGAAGAGUGAAGUUCUCUUGCCAUUUUUGAAAUCCCACAGGGGCCACGGCUCAAAGGGACUUGGGGCGUUUCAUCCGCCAUCUAUCUUCAGAGUCGGAUUUGGCCGAGGUACAACUCCUGAAUCUGGACGUCACGCUCAUCACAGAAUCGUGUGCCUAUGACGAUUAUUCCUCUUGCGGGGUUUAUAUUCUGAGAUCUGUUUUUUUUUUUUUUUUUUUUUUUUUAAAUCGCUUAUCUCUGAGGAUAUAAAUGCUUUUAAAAACCUUGCAAACUCCUCAGUGAGGUCUGUGAUGGAUCUACAGAACCAUUCAGAUCGUGGGGAGUCAAGCAGGCCCAAGGUGGGGUCCCUUUGUUGCAGUGAUGGUGAUGUCCCAGUGUUUGUGUGUGUGCACCAACCGCAAUACAGAAAUCCUCUGUGUAGCCUGAUGACCGUUCUGCGUUUUAUUAAAGAUUCCACUGAAGUUCUUUGUUAAAGCAGAGCUCUUCCAGAGGAGCAGAGUCAGUCCACAGCUGUUGGCGCUGCCUACCCAUAGAAACCCAGGCUGAUAUGAUCGUCUGUAAAUGUAUAUUUUUGCACAAAAUGUGCAUACAAAAAAAGUUCAGAAAUCAUAUUGGCUGGAGGGCAACACUGUGGUCUCUAUGUUCUCUCAUUGGCUGAAAGGCAUUCCUGUGGUGUCAGUGUGUACUCUCAUUGGCUGAGGGCAUCUCCGUGGUGUCUGUGUACUCGUCUGUGUUCAUCAUCCCCGGGCUCCGUCCAUAUGUGUGUGUUGUUGAAAUGUACAGUACUUCACUGAUACUGUCAGAAUAAAUGUUCAACAAAGGUUAUUCUGGAUUCUAAUCUGGUUCUUUUAAGAAGCAUCAAAUUUGACGGAUUUUAUGCUAAUAGUACUAAGAUAAUGGUGCUUAAAUACAUCCUUUUUUUUUUUUUUUUAACUUCCAUCAAUACAUACGUUUCUAAUAUUUCCUGUUCUGUGUGUCUUCCUAAGUGAAUUGCAUACACGGUCAGUGCAGCUUAGAUGUAAAUCCAUCUAAACUGUGGUGUAAUGUAUUACAAGUUGAAACCCAUAAUCGUCACUUAAAUAGGUGAUAGUAACCUUAAUGAAAGGGGUCUAGCAUUUGACACAGAGUUGAAUACCUGGAAAAUGCCAAAAAAAUUAAAUCUAAUCAAAAUUUAUGCUUGGAGGUGAAUUGGGUGGAAACAGCCAAUGGAAUAAAUAAGAGUUCUGGUGUUUAUCUGCAGUUAUUUGUAGUUGUGUCAGAAAGGUGGACAUGCCUCAUCCGUGUUGUCUAACAUGCUGUUGGGUAACGUUUACAUCUUUUAGAAGUCAUCACUGUGCUGUCAUGUAAUUUUAAUUUUUGGACAUACACUGUAAAGUACUUGCUUAUGUGCACUGUUGUACUGUGAUACUUGCAGAUGAUGAGCUUCACAUGGGUUGUUUUCUGGGAGAUAAUUUAUUAUUUUUUUUUAUUAUUGGACAGUUGUCAGCUUUGUUCAUUUUCCACCAGAUAGAAGCUUCCAGAGUGAAGUCCAGUGGUUUUGGAGCCUACUAACAUGUAACAGGAAGUUUAAAAUGGUAUAAAGAACAGUUUUAAUGUAUGUGCUAAUGUGUCAGCAACAGUGGAUUGUCUUGGAAUGCUGAUCAGUCCAAAGAGUGCCUUCUCAUGAGUGUUAAACAGGCACUUCUGUCAGCUUCGUUUGGAAAUAUACCGAUUGUCACAAAUCCUCCACACGUUAUUCGCCGUAACGGGCAUUUUGGGGGAAAGGAUUGCCCACUAAAACCUUGUUUUGUAGUAAGGUUGUUCCUUAAAACUCUAUUUUUUUUUAAUCUCACAUUUUUGUCUGUUAGGAUUAUGGGUGCUUUGUCUCUGUCUGUCUAGUGAAGCUGUUAUUUCUCUCCUCAUGUUGUACACAGGGGCAAAAUACCAUCACUGAGCACUUGAACUAUAUGAGCUUAACACCAGGUGUUUUUAGUAGAUGAUUAAAUGAAUCAGGGUGGGGGUCAGGGGGAGGGGGCGGUUGCUGGUGUAUUUGCCAAAUAUCUGUUGUUUAAAUGCUGUCUUUUCUUACAUAAAGUGUUAAUGGUGGCUUGGAGGACGGAGCCCCGGAAUGAUGUAAGAUCCACUAUUUGACGGCGUAGUCACCGUGAUGCUUGGAUCCUUGUUGUUGUUGUGUGGAAAUCGUCAAACAUUAAAACAUUCCCUCUGAAGUGA